AUGUCUUUUUUGCAUAAUUCCAAUUCCCUCUUCCAUUUUCCUUCUUUCAUUACUUCUUUAUCCCGUUUCUUUUUCCUUCAUAUUUUAUCCGUUUAUUUUUCAUUAACCAUAUUUGUUUCUUUUACCUUCAUUUUUUUUCCUCUUUUCUUCUUUUAUAAAUUCUUACUUUCUUCAUUCUCACUCACUCUUUACAAAGUUCCAAUUCUCUCUCUUCCAUUUUUCCUUCUUUCUCUUCCUUUUAUUUCAUCUUUUCACUCACAUUCUCUAUCUCAUAUUUUCUUCUUUGUUUCCCACAUUCAUUGUUCUUUCUUCAUUCUGAUUUCUUUCUUUCCAUAUUCUUCACUUUUCAAUUUCCUUUCUUUUAACUUUUUCAUGCCAUUAAUCCUUUUUUCCUUCUUCAUUUUUUUUCUUUCAUUUUUUCAUACCCAGUCUUUCUUUCAUGUUCAUUUUUUUCUUUCAUUAUUUUUUCUCUUUCCUCAAUUUUUUUCUUUUUUCUUAGGGAAUCCUUCUUUAUUCUUCUUUCUUCAUCUUUGUUUUUUUCUUUCCCUUUUUUCUUACUCAAUACUUCUUUUAAGUUUAUUUUUUCUUUCUGCUUUUAUUUUCUUCCAUUUUUUCAUACAUACAUAUUGUUCUUUAUUUUCUUCUUUCAUUUUCUCAUUCUUCUUAUUUUUCUUUCUUUACUUUCAUUUUUUUUUAAUUUUUCAUACACAAUCCAUUCUUCUAUAUUUUUUCAUUCAUUGUUUUCUCUUUUCCUUUCAUUUCUUUCCAUUUUCUUACAUAAUCAUUUUUAAUUCUUCCUUUUUUUCUUUUUACAAUUUUUCUUUUUCCUCUUUCAUUUUUUCUCUUUUUCUUAUUGAAUCCUUCUUUCCAUCUUUUCCUUCAUUAUUUUUCACUAUUACUUUUUAUUCCAGUUCUUUCCACACUUUUCUUUAUUUCUUAAUCUUCUCUCUUUUCAUUACAUUUCUUCCUUAA